AUGCAUCCCUACGUCGAGACAGCGAGGGGGUUUGCCGAGAAGCACGCUGUCGGCAUCACCGUUGCCGUGGUAGCAGGCGCAAGCUUGCUGGCCUUGCGUCGGUGGAUGGCGGGGGGAGUAUGUCGCAGCAAGGUCAGGCUGGAUGGGAAAACAGUGCUGAUCACGGGCGCCAACACCGGCAUCGGAAAAGAGACGGCCCUGGACCUGGCGCGACGAGGGGCCAGAGUAAUCCUCGCCUGCAGGGACUUGACGAAAGCCCACAUAGCGGCUGUACAAAUUCGCAAGCAGAGCCGUAACGACAACGUGGUGGUGAAAAAGUUGGAUUUGGCCUGCCUGCAAUCGGUCAGAGACUUGGCCAGAGAUAUUAUAAAUAAUGAGGAGCACUUGGACAUCCUUAUUAACAAUGCAGGUAUCAUGAUGUGCCCCAAAUGGAAGACGGACGAAGGUUACGAAAUGCAAUUUGGCGUCAACCACCUGGGACACUUCCUGCUCACUAAUCUUCUCAUUGAGCUGCUGAAAAAGUCAGCACCGAGUCGAAUCGUAAUUGUCUCCAGUUUGGCGCAUGAGAAGGGUCAAAUCCACUUCAAUGACAUCAAUCUGGAGGAAGACUACAAACCUGAUGUGAGCUACCGCCAAAGCAAGCUAGCCAAUAUACUCUUCUGCAGGGAGCUUGCCAUCAGACUCAAAGGUACCGGUGUGAACACAUACUGCCUCCACCCCGGCGUAGUCCGUACUGAGCUGGCCCGCCACCUGUUCCCGACGUCUUUGUGGAAGAAUCCCCUCCUGCUGCCUUUCCUGUUGAUGAUUAAAAAUCCCCAAGAAGGAGCACAGACCUCCAUUUUCUGUGCUGUGGAUGAGAGUCUGGCCAAUUCCAGUGGCCUUUACUACAGUGACUGUGCACUGAAAACUCCUGCCCCAGCAGCCAUGGACGAUAACACAGCCAAGCGAUUGUGGGCCCUCAGCUCGUCCAUGGUCGGCCUGAUCUGA